AUGGGGAGCACACAGACUUUUGAGCAUCUUUUGAAGCCUUUGGAUGUUGGCGAUCUUCGAUUGAAAAAUCGAGUCGUUAUGGCUUCGUUGACUCGUAACAGAGACAACGUGCCUCGUGAUAACCUCCACGUGCCAUAUUAUGCCGAGCGUGCGGGUACAGGUUUAAUUAUAUCCGAAGCUGCCUUGAUAUGUCCGCAAGGUGUGGAGUGGACCUUCAUGCCUGGGAUUUACGCACAGGAACACGUUGAAGGUUGGAAGAAAGUAACAGAUGCUGUGCAUGCCAAAGGUGGUUUGAUCUUUUGUCAGCUUCAUCAUGUCGGCCGCGUAGCGCAUCCUGGAACCAGAGUCCAGCGUGAGUCCGGUCAGCCUGUUCCUGGGCCCUCCGCUAUUGCUGCGAGAGGUGGCAAAUUCCGCAACGUUCCUGGGGCGCCUGGUUAUACAGUGCCAACUCCAAUCGAAGACCCUCAACAGAUCAUUGAUCUGUACUCAAAUGCGUCUCGGCUUGCCAAAGAGGCCGGGUUUGAUGGAGUUGAGUUGCAUAAUGGCAAUGGAUAUCUGCCCAUGCAAUUUCUUGAAUCUCACAGUAAUAAACGCGAUGAUGAAUGGGGCGGAUCAACUGAGAAGCGUAUGCGAUUCUCGCUUGCCUGCCUUGCCAAAAUGAACGAGCACUUCCCUUACCAUCGUAUUGGGAUUAAAAUUGCGCCAUGUGGAGGAUACAACGAUAUGGGCGAGUUGGAUGAGAACGGAAUCCCCUCAGAGGAGGCAGCAAAAGCAACCUACGUCCCAUUUUGUACUAAGCUGAACACGCUGGGCCUAGCUUAUGUACAAGUGAUGCGUUGGUGGGCAUCUUAUGAUUUAAUGAUCGAAGGAAGACCUCGCGGAAUUGAAUGGAACCCCAUUGACUGUUUACGCCCGAUUCUCAAAGAUACACUUUUGUUUGGGAAUAGUGCGUUCAUGCCAGAGGAAGCAGAUGAGUGGAUCCGAGAUGACCGAAUGGAUGCUGUUGUAAUCGGUCGACCUCUACUAUACAACCCAGACUACACCGAAAAACUGCAAAAUGGCAGUGCCGUCACUCUGUAUCAGGAACAGCCGGGGGAUGAACAUUGGUGGUAUAAAUGGCGCAACAAUGACAAGCGCGACGGCUACCUCGACUGGAAGAAUCGAACUAUCGUACCGACCACACUUAAAACCGGAGAUCGCCUGAGUCUGAUCCAUGAUUAG